AUGGCAGUAACAUUUGAAGAUGUGACUGUUAAUUUUACUUGGGAGGAGUGGAAAUUCUUGGAUUCUUCUCAAAAAAAGCUCUACAGAGAGGUCAUGUGGGAGAACUACACAAAUGUCAUGUCAGUAGGAAACUGGAAAGAGAGCUACAGACUCCAAGAAGAAAGAUUCAGAUAUUUUGAACAUGAACAUCUUUCCUGCUGGCAAGGCUGGAGGAAUGCCAGCACUCAGAUAUAUGAUAAUCAGAAAUAUGUGGAAAUGGUUCAAGGUAUAGAUUCCAAAGACCUAAAGCAGCAACACCUUUCUCACUCUCAAGAAUGGUUAAUACUCUUCACACAAGGACCAGGGUUUGGGAACUAUGAACUGACUUUUGAAGGUAAAAUUCCCAGGAACUUAAAAUAUACGAAGUUUAUACCUUGUCAAUCCUUAGAAACAAAACACACUGAAGACAAUGGUAGAGAAAUCUAUGUGAGUGAUUCACGUGGUUUUCAAGGACGCAGAUACCAUGUUGUCAUAUCCAGGAAAAAUCUCUCUGUGGAAAGAGAACAGAAGCUCAUAGGUCCGCAUUCUUAUAUCCCAGGAGAGGAAGCCCUUCCAGAGUACAUUGGGGAGAUAUGCCAAAAUGACCUGCUGAAAGGCUCUGUGGAAGAGAAAUACUGUGGAUAUAAUAAAUGUAAAGAAAGUUAUUAUUGGAACUCACAGUGUGUUCACAAGAGAAAUCAACUUGGAGAAAAGUUGUAUCCAUGCUCCAUCAGCACAGCAUGCUUCACUCAGAGAUUGGACCUAUACAGACAUCCAAGAAUCCACAUAGGUAAGAAGCCGUACAGAUGUAAUGAAGGUGCCAGUAAUUUUAGUCAGAGCUGCGGUGUUCACUUUCAUCAGAGAGUCCACCCAGGGGAGGUACCUUAUAUAUGUAAUGUGUGUAGUAAGAGCUUCAGUCAGAUCUCCAGUCUUCACUGUCAUCAAAGAGUCCACACAGAAGAGAAACUCUAUAGACUGCAGUGUGAUAAGGACCUCGGUAGAAAUUCAUUACUUCACAUUCACCAGAGACUUCACAUAGGAGAGAAGCCUUUUAAGUGUGAUCAGUGUGGUAAGAGUUUUAGUCGGAGUUCAGUACUUCAUGUUCAUCAGAGAGUCCACACAGGAGAAAAACCAUAUAAGUGUGAUGAGUGUGGUAAGGGCUUCAGUCAGAGUUCAAAUCUUCGAAUCCAUCAGUUAGUCCACACAGGAGAAAAGUCCUAUAAAUGUGAUGACUGUGGUAAGGGCUUUACCCAGCGCUCAAAUCUUCAAAUCCAUCAGAGGGUGCAUACAGGAGAGAAGCCUUACAAAUGUGACGACUGUGGGAAGGACUUUAGUCACAGCUCAGAUCUUCGCAUUCAUCAGAGGGCCCAUACAGGGGAGAAGCCCUAUACUUGUCAUGAAUGUGGGAAGGGCUUCAGCAAGAGUUCCAAACUUCACACUCACCAAAGAGUACAUACUGGAGAGAAACCCUAUAAAUGUGAACAGUGUGGGAAGGGCUUCAGUCAGCGUUCUCAUCUUCUCAUUCAUCAGAGAGUCCAUACAGGAGAAAAACCCUAUAAAUGUGAUGAUUGUGGAAAGGGCUUUAGUCACAGCUCAAAUCUUCACAUUCAUCAGAGGGUCCACACAGGAGAGAAGCCUUAUCAAUGUGCUAAGUGUGGUAAGGGUUUCAGCCAUAGCUCAGCUCUUCGAAUUCAUCAAAGAGUCCACAUGGGAGAAAAGAUUCAUAAAUGCCAUGAGUAUUAUAAGGGGUUCGAUCAGAAUUCACAUCUUCACAGUAAUCACAGAAGAAAAACCUUAUAAUUCUGUUCAUUUAGUUAUAACAGCUUUAAUCAAAGCUUCACCUUAAGCCCAGUAAAUGCUGCUGGGAAGAAAAUUCUAUAAAUAACCCAAAUAAUCCCAAGCAACAUUUAUUGUUUCCCCUAAUUCCUACUAAAAAUCAUUUGC